CUGGGCGCGGCUCGGUGCCCCUGGAGGACCGGCCGGACAUGGCGGCGGGGCGGGACGCGUGUGGGGCGCUGCUCACCUGGCUGCAGACCUUUGACCCCCCCUCGCCGUGCGCGGCCCCCCCAGAUUUGGCCAGCGGGGUCACCCUGGCUCACGUCCUGCACAAAAUGGGUCCCACCUCGUUCCCCCCUCCCCAGGUGAACAACCUCCGCAAGGUGCUGCAGAGCGUCCUGGAGUACUGGCAGGACGUGCUGGGCCAGGCCGUGGAGGAGCGGCACGUGCCGGACGUGGCGCCGGCGGCCCAGUACGGCGACCCCGAGCAACUGGGCAAACUGGUGCGGCUGGUGCUGGGCUGCGCCGUCAGCUGCCAGCAGCGGGAAGAGCACAUCCAGCGCAUCAUGACGCUGGAGGAGGCGGUGCAGCACGAGGUGAUGGCGGCCAUCCAGGAGUCCCGCCGUUAUUACUUCCUGAGCCAGGAGCCCCCCGAGGAGGCCGGGGGGGGUUCGGGGCAGCGCUGCCAGGAGCUGGAGCAGCAGGUGGCCACGCUCCUGGAGGAGAAGGGACACCUGGCCGCCGAGAACCGGGCGCUGCGGGAGCAGCUCGAGGCCGACGCCGCCGGCGCCGCCGCCAAGAAGCUGCUGCGGCUGCAGACGCAGGUGGAGGAGCUGCAGGAGGAGAAUUACAGGUUGGAGAGCGGCAAGGAGGAGCUGCGGGCGCGCUGCUCGCGGCUGGAGCAGGAGGCGCGGGGGCUGCAGGUGCGGGCGCAGGAGCUGAGCGGGCUGGCGGGGGAGGCACGGGCGCUGCGAGACGAGAUGGACCUGCUCAGAGCAUCGUCGGCGCGGGCCGGGCGGCUGGAGGCGGCGGUGGCCACGUACCGGGGCCGGGCGGCGGCGGCGGGGGAGCUGCGGCGCUGGGUGCGGGCGCUGGAGGAGCGGCACGCCGCCCAGGUGCGCCGCGCCGCUCACCUGCAGCAGCAGCUGGGCCGAGCCCAGGCCGGCUGCGCGCAGCUGGAGGCCGCCCGCAGGCAGGUGGAGGAGCUGAGCGGGCAGCGGGCCGAGGCGGCGCUGAGGGCCGAGAAGUGGCACCUGGAGUUCCGGCACCUGCAGGAGCGAUUCGAGGCGCUGAGCCAGGAGAAGGAGCGGCUGCUGGAGGAGCGCGACGCGCUGCGCGAGGCCAACGAGGAGCUGCGCUGCGUGCAGGUGCAGCAGAGCUACCUGAGCCAGGCAGGGCUGGAGGGGGGCCCGGCCCCUCCCCAGAAUUUGGCGGCCGAAAUCCUUCCCGCGGAGCUCAGGGACACGGUGACGCGGCUGCGGCGGGAGAACCGACGGCUGCGGCUGCAGCGGGACCAGCUCUGGCACAGACUGGAGGCCGGAGAGCCUCGGACAGCGCAGGGGAGGCCGCGGGAGGAGCUGUCGCUGCCGGAGGAGACCCCCGAGGAUCUGGAUGAGCUGCCGGAGGGAGAGGAGGAAGAGGAGGAAGAGGAAGAGCUGGAGCCCUCCAGGGUCCCGAGAUCAGGAUUUAGAGGUUCCCCGAGUUUGCCCCCACAAAAGCCCUCAGUUUCCCCUGGGGACCCCCCUGGCACUCCCCCCUUGGCCCCCGUCCUGCAGCUCCUCCGGAACCAACUGCAGGAGAAGGACGCGCUGAUCCGGCACCUGGAGCGCAGCCGGGCGCAGCGGGAGCGCGAGGAGCGGCUGCUGGUCACCGCCUGGUACAACAUGGGCCUGGCCCUACAGCGGCAGGAAGGAGGGACGGCGUCUCGGGGCCUCGCCAGCGGCGCUCAGUCCUUCCUGGCCCAGCAGCGCUUGGCCACGGUGGCCCGGCGAGCGCGGACCCCUCACGGCCGGGCUCCCCCCAGCUGAGGUGGGGGGGGGUCCCCCAAACACCCCCGGACCACCGGGGGGUCCCCCCUCACUCUGGGCUGGUCCCAUUUCAGACACUACAAACCCGUGCUCCCCACCUUGUUUUGGGGGGGCCUGGGCCUUGCCACCCUACCUCAUUUUGGGGGGGCUUUUAGCACUUCUAUUUUUGUAGCUGAUUUCAGGGGGGGGUCUUGUGUGUG